AUGGUCCACCCCACCACCACCAAGCGCUACGGCGCGCGCGCGGCCGCCCACACAAAUCCUACCGCCCGUCGUCUCCUCGAGACGAUGGAGCGCAAGAAGACCAACCUCUGCGUCUCCGUCGAUGUCACCAAGGCCGCGGACGUGCUCGAGGUCGUCCGUCGCGUCGCCCCCGCCGUCUGCAUGGUCAAGACCCACAUCGACAUCAUCGAGGACUUCACGCCCGCCCUAACCGCCGAGCUCGCUCGCCUCGCCGAGGAGCACGACUUUGUCAUCUUCGAGGACCGCAAGUUUGCUGACAUUGGCAACACUGUGUCCCUGCAGUACUCAUCGGGCGUGCACCGCAUCGCCGAGUGGAGCCACAUGACCAACGCGCACCCUCUUCCCGGCCCCGGCAUCAUCACUGGCCUUGGUGUCGUGGGUAAGCCGCUCGGACGUGCUCUCCUUCUUCUUGCGGAGAUGAGCAGCGCUGGCAACCUCGCCACGGGCGAGUACACUCGCACGGCCGUCCGCAUGGCGCGCGAGGCGGGACGAGACUGGGUGGUCGGAUUUAUUGCUAUGGGUCGCGUCGACGAGGACGGGCCUGCCGACGAGGACUUCCUCGUCCUCACCCCCGGCGUCGGGCUGGUUGCCAAGGGCGACAAGCUUGGCCAGCAGUACAGGACACCCCGCGAGGUCGUGUACGACUCGGGCUGCGACGUCAUUAUUGUCGGGCGCGGAAUCUACGGUGUGCAGGGCGGGGCCGAGGCCGUGCUCGCCGAGGCGGAGAGGUAUCGCGCAGAGGGGUGGAAGGCGUACGAGGAGCGCCUUAACAGAGCAUAG